AGGAAAAGAGGAAAACUGAGCAACAGCCACGACUGUGGACGCGAGCGUCUCCGGUGUGCGCAUGCGCCCGCUCAGCGGCCUGCUUCUAUUUAUGUGGGGGACCCAACAUGGCGGCUGCGGCGACCCUGGCGAUGGCGGUGGAGCUUAUCAGAACGUAGUAGCGGGGACAGGGACCCGGUUCGCACUCACGGUGGCGUCCGCGGAGGCGGCUGAGGGUGCUGGAGGGAAGAAAAGCGACGGAGAGCGAAAGGAAAGGCGGGCAGGCACGCCGUGCGGGGUCGAGGCGAGAGCCGGCUCGAGCGAGCGCCGAGGGCCACAACAGUGGGGAUGGCGGAGCCGCGCAGAGUCGCGUUCAUUAGCCUGUCACCGGUGAGGCGGCGCGAGGCCGACUUCGCGGGCGCCGAGCGCGAGCCCCCCCGCCUGGAGCCGCCGCAGCCGGCCCGGGCGGAGUCGGCCCCCCGCGCUGACGCGCAGCACCCGGCGCGCGACAAGCCGCUCCCCCAGCGCGAGGUCAGCCGCGCCGAGCCGCCCAUGGCGCUGCAGCGCGAGCCCCCGCGGCCCGAGCCGCCGCCGCCGCCGCCGCUGUCCCUGCAGACCGCCCCGCCGCGGGACUCGGCUGCCCGGGCGGAGCCGCCGCCGCGACCGCCGAAGGAGACGGUUCGCCUGGAGCUGGUGCUCAAGGACCCCACGGACGAAAGCUGCGUGGAGUUCAGCUACCCGGAGCUGCUGCUGUGCGGAGAACAACGGAAGAAGCUUGUUCAUGCAGAAGACCCAUUUGAUGAUGAGCAUAAGGAGAGGCAAGAAGUGGAAAUGUUGGCUAAGAAGUUUGAAAUGAAAUAUGGUGGGAAAGCCCGUAAACACCGGAAGGAUCGGCUACAAGAUUUAAUUGAUAUAGGCUUUGGCUAUGAUGAAACAGAUCCAUUUAUUGAUAACUCAGAGGCUUAUGACGAAUUAGUCCCUGCUUCUCUAACAACAAAAUAUGGAGGCUUCUAUAUCAACACUGGCACUCUUCAGUUUCGCCAAACAUCAGAUACUGAAGAAGAUGAUAUUACAGAUAACCAAAAGCACAAGCCACCCAAGGUUCCCAAAAUAAAAGAUGAUGAUAUUGAGGUAAAGAAGCGGAAGCGGAAAGAGGAAGGGGAAAAAGAGAAGAAGCCAAGGAAAAAAGUGCCCAAACAAAUGGGAGUUGUGGCUCUCAAUUCACACAAGUCUGAAAAAAAGAAGAAGCGAUAUAAAGAUUCCCUUUCUUUGGCUGCCAUGAUAAGAAAAUUUCAAAAAGAGAAAGAUGCAUUAAAGAAGGAAUCUAACCCUAAAGUCCCUGUGACCCUAACCACUUCCUCUCUGACCAAGCCCUCUUGUGCUGCUGCAGCCCUGGGGGAUGACAUCUCGGACUUAGGUCUGAACAGUGCUGAUCCAGACCUCCCUAUUUUUGUUAGCACAAAUGAACAUGAAUUGUUUCAGGAAGCUGAGAAUGCCCUCGAGAUGCUAGACGACUUUGACUUUGACAGAUUACUGGAUGCUGCUUCUGAUGGUAGCCCGCUCUCUGAGUCAGGGGGAGAAAAUGGAAACACCACUCAACCCACCUUAACCUCUCAGGUUCUACCCAAGGUGGUACCUACACUUCCAGAUGGCCUACCUGUGCUCCUUGAGAAACGCAUUGAGGACCUUCGUGUAGUAAGUGCUGCCAAACUUUUUGAUGAAGAAGGAAGAAAAAAAUUCUUCACACAAGAUAUGAAUAAUAUUCUUCUGGACAUCGAGUUACAGCUACAAGAAUUAGGCCCUGUCAUUCGUAGUGGUGUUUACUCCCAUCUUGAAGCAUUUGUGCCAUGUAAUAAGGAAACACUGGUAAAACGUCUAAAGAAGCUACAUCUUAAUGUCCAGGAUGAUCGUUUAAGGGAACCUCUGCAAAAAUUGAAGUUGGCUGUUAGCAACGUCAUGCCCGAACAGCUAUUUAAAUACCAGGAGGACUGCCAGGCUCGUAGUCAAGCCAAGUGUGCCAAGGUGCAAGCAGAUGAAGAACGGGAAAAAAAUGGAUCUGAAGAUGAUGAUGAAGAGAAACCAGGGAAACGAGUCAUAGGCCCACGAAAGAAAUUCCACUGGGAUGACACCAUUAGAACUUUGUUAUGUAACCUUGUUGAGAUCAAAUUGGGAUGCUAUGAAUUAGAGCCAAAUAAAAGCCAAUCUGCUGAGGAUUAUCUUAAAUCCUUCAUGGAGACAGAAGUGAAGCCACUUUGGCCUAAGGGCUGGAUGCAGGCAAGAAUGCUUUUUAAGGAAAGCCGGAGUGUACAUAAUCAUCUCACCUCUGCUCCAGCAAAGAAAAAGGUGAUUCCUGCGUCAAAACCCAAAGUCAAGGAGGUGAUGGUAAAGACCCUUCCUGUUCGUUCUUUCCCCACUAUGCUGAAGGAAUGUAGCCCGAAAAAAGACCCAAAGGCUCCUGCAUCUUUGGUGGCUUCAGUUGGAGGUCCUUCCACGAGCUCCAGCACAUCCAUCAUUGCCUCAGCUAGCUCUAGCUCAGCACCAGUCCAAGAAACCAUCUGCCUCGAUGACUCCCUGGAUGAAGACCUUUCUUUCCACUCAUCUUCACUGGAUCUUGUAUCUGAAGCUUUAGCUGCCAUCAACAAUGGGAACAAGGGCCCCUCAGUUGGCUCAAGGCUAAAUGUGCCAACUACAAAGCCUCGUCCAGGACUGAGAGAAGAAAAACUAGCAAGUAUCAUGAGUAAGUUACCACUGGCUACUCCCAAAAAACUAGAUUCUACUCAGACUGCACACUCAUCAAGUCUUAUUGCUGGUCACACGGGGCCAGUACCAAAGAAACCCCAGGAUUUAGCUCAUACGGGCAUUUCUUCAGGCCUUAUUGCUGGUUCUUCAAUUCAGAACCCUAAAGUUUCCUUAGAACCUUUGCCAGCCAGGCUACUCCAGCAAGGACUGCAAAGGUCAAGCCAGAUACAUGCUUCUUCCUCUUCUCAGACUCAUGUCUCCUCCUCCCAAGCCCAAGUUGCUGCCUCCUCUCAUGCUCUGGGAACAUCAGAGGCCCAAGAUGUUUCUCCGUUAACACAAGCAACAAAGGUGCACCAGCACUCAGCUGUCCAGCAGAACUAUGUGUCUCCAUUACAAGCCACCAUUAGUAAAUCACAGACCAACCCAGUGGUGAAAUUAAGUAAUAACCCCCAGCUUUCCUGUUCGUCCCAACUACUCAAGACUUCAGAUAAGCCACUGAUGUAUCAUCGCCUCCCUUUGUCUACCCCAUCACCUGGAAAUGGGUCUCAGGGGCCCCACCCCCUGGUUUCUAGGACAGCACCGAGCACCACUACCUCCAGUAAUUAUUUAGCCAAGGCUAUGGUGUCACAAAUCUCCACCCAGGGUUUCAAAUCUCCCUUCUCAAUGGCUGCAUCUCCCAAACUUGCUGCAUCUCCCAAACCUGCCACAUCCCCCAAACCUUUGUCCUCACCUAAACCUUCUGCCUCACCCAAGCCCUCUCUGUCAGCUAAGCCUUCAGUAUCAACUAAACUUAUUUCUAAAUCCAACCCAGCUCCCAAGCCUGCUGUAUGCCCGACUUCUUCCAGUCCAAACACACUAGUAGCCCAGAGUAGCCAUCCCUCAAGUAACAACCCCGUCCAUAAACAGCCCAGUGGAAUGAACAUCAGCAGACAGUCUCCCACUCUGAAUUUGUUGCCCUCAAAUCGCACUUCUGGCCUUCCAUCUACAAAAACUCUUCAGACCCCUUCUAAAUUAACAAAUUCAUCAUCCACUGGAACUGUUGGGAAGAACAGCUUGAGCGGAAUUCCAAUGAAUGUACCUGCCAGCAGAGGUAGCAACCUUAACUCAAGUGGAGCGAAUAGGACUAGUCUAUCUGGGGGAACAGGAAGUGGAACACAGGGUGCUACUAAACCGUUGUCUACUCCACAUAGACCAACCUCUGCCUCAGGGUCUUCAGUGGUAACAGCCAGUGUGCAGUCCACAACAGGAGCAUCAUUAUUGGCUAAUGCCUCACCUCUGACUCUCAUGACAUCACCUUUGUCUGUAACAAAUCAAACUGUGACUCCUUUUGGGAUGCUGGGUGGCCUUGUUCCAGUGACCAUGCCCUUCCAGUUUCCCUUGGAGCUACUUGGCUUUGGAACGGACACAGCUGGAGUGACAACCACCUCGGGAUCUACCUCAGCCGCUUUCCAUCACAGCCUAACUCAGAAUUUACUAAAGAGUUUACAGCCGGGAACUCAGCAUGCAGCAACACUUUCCCAGUCACCUCUGCCUACACACUUACAGCAAGCAUUUAAUGAUGGAGGCCAAAGCAAAGGGGACACUAAGUUACCACGGAAAUCUCAGUGACUUCCCAGCAAUCAAGAGAGGAAUCAUUUGACUGGCUGAUGGGACCUACCUGAUGGGAAAGUCUUAUGUGGUCACAGGGCUGCUGUUUCUGUCGAUGUUUACAUUCUUGUCCCAAGCACUGUGGUGAGGAGGAAAAGGAAAGAAAAUGUUACUUGAGCAAAGCCAGGUGCAGGAGGAAGAAGUGCUUUUGUGGAAAGUUAGUGACCUUUGGUCUCUUAAAGUUCCCAUAGUAACUUUAAAAGAGACUCAGCUGUCAAACCCACAGAAGUAUCAAUUUGAUUUUUUUUUUUACCCUGGGGGGAGAAAGAAGGAAGUUGAGAGGAUUUGGGUAAAUGGCCAUCCAUCCUGGGGGUUGGAUCUGAACACUCUACAUAUAAGUGCAUAAUAAAAGCAACUAAAAAGUAGAAUUAACCCAGUUUGAGGAGAAUCAGUCAUGUCUAUGUAGUGGACAGAUUUGCUACAGUCAGUUGCAUGAUGCUCUCCAGACAGUAGCCCAAGCGUACUGUAUCCUCAAAUGUCCUGAGCAAACUUGAAUCUUUUCCAGUAUGUAGCAGUUCACAGUGUAAGUCAGUAGACUGAAAAUGCUUCAGCAAAGUUGCUGUAGCACAGUGAUAUAUAUUACUAUAUCUUCUAGAUUUUUAAAGUAAGGAAAGUGAGCCUGUUGCUCUUAACAGACAAAAUGUAAACCCUUUUUGUGAAAGGGUCUAUUUCAUCCUCCUUCCAGAGUAGGUACCGAACUCCUCUGUGCAGCUGACUGUCGUCCGGUCUGGACUGGUUAGUAUUUAUUUCUACUGCUGAUGCGCAGAAGUGAGUGCUCACAUUUUCUCUUGAUUCGUGGGGUCUUUGCUGUUGGGCUGCUGCUUUGCUGCUCAUCUCCUUUGUAGCCUGGCAAGAACUGCAGACGCCCAGUGCCCUCACUGCACAGUGCUCUUUACUAGUGGUGCUUUAGGUGACUAGAGCUGCUGAUAUAAACAGUGUGCACAGCAUCUGUUUCUUUGUGGGCCAGCUAAAUAGCAUAUACAUAAUAGUACACUGUUUUAAAGGGACGAAUCCCAGUAAGAGUACUGAUGUGCACAAGGGAUCACCUUUUAUUCCUAUCACAGUGAAACUUUAUGCCCUAUAUCCAGUGCAGUAAAAAUGUUUCAAGCAUUUGGAAUCUUAAAGUUUUACUAGAAUUUACUCAGAAUGCUGAUAUUCAAGUAAACCUACAGAUAAUUAAGAUUCUUUAAUUCUGGUUUCUGUAUGUGAAUAGAGACAAUGAAGGGUGUAAAGGGGAAAACAUACAAUUCUAUUUGGAAACUUUUAUUUUUGCCUCAAUUACAUUGUGGUGUCCCCUGAAUUUUAAACUUCUGAGUAUUUUCAAACUAAGAGUAGCUCUAAGUGAUGUAACUUUAGUAUAUAUAUGAUGACAGACUAGCCUGGUAAUAACAAGGUUGCUUUUAUAUUCUCAUUACAUGUUACCAUGUACGAUUAAGUUUAUACAGAUUGAGUGUUUACCAGGCCCAAUUUUCCUUUAAUAAGCAGAAGUCCCAAGAAGCAUCUAGGACUAUAAUAACCAACCACAGAUCUACUCGGAAUUUUAAUGCCUAUAAUUUGACUUAAGUCACAUUGGCAUGCUUCAUAGCCAAAAGUCGAUGAAUAAAUAAUUUAAAACUUUAGUUCCAAGAACUUGUUACACUAAGGGAAAAUGAUUGUUCAGAAGAACCAUUGAAGCUUGGUGUGCUGCCCAGUGCUUGUAAUCCCAAUACUCAGGAGGCUGAGGCAGGAGGAUCUCAGGUUUGAGGCCAGCCUGGAGUAUAUGUCAGUGAGUCCCAGGCUAAUCUGGGCUAACAAUGAGACCCUGUCUCAAAAAAGAAAAGAAAAAGAAAAGAAAUCAUUGGUAUAAUUUCUUGACUAUAGUAAUUUAGUUUAUCAGUAAAACAAAUACAGAUGCUACAUGAACCCAGUAGAUAUUUUGGAAAGAUACAGGGACGUUGAAGAGAGCUUUGACUUGAACUUAGCAUGCUAAGUUUCAUUCGAAAGGUCUCUUAGAGGAACUUGCUCAGCUCUUGGCUUACUAUAGUACCGGGUGACUUCUUUUCAGACAUGCCUGCUAAUACUGCCUGGGCUGCUGUGCUGGGAGUGUGCUUAGGGAGAAGUCAGUGCGUUUAGUCUCUUCCUGCUGAUACCUGUGUGUUUGUGUGUUUACAUAGACACACCCAUUCAUAUAAAUCAAAUGCUAUUAAAAGUCAAUAAUGAUAAUUGUAGUUUCUUAAAUCCAUCACUUCUGAACCAUACUAUAUGAAGGCUCUGAUGGUUCUUUACCAUCAUUAGAAAACAAGAUUAGUAAUUCUUUUUCCUGUGUCUUUUUAUAAAAUUCCCUGAAGCCCUGGGCUCUAAGAAGAUGUAAAGUAUAUUCUGUUCCUGUCAGUCUUGAUUCCCUAAGGACUGCUGGGAGAUCCCUACUUCAGCAACCCUCUCGUGUUAUACAGAUAAAUCAGAGUCCUUUCUACAUGUAAAUACAUUUCUUUCUAUAUCAUAACAUUGAAAAUGGUCUCCAUACUUUAUGGUUACCUGUCUUUACAGUUUUUAUUACUAAAAACGAGCAUAUAAGUUGGUUAUUUUUUAACAGAGACUUGCGACUCAUACUGUAUUUUUGCACUUAAAGUCAAAUUAUGUUAUUUUUAAAAUGGUGAAUAACUGGAGAGGAUAUCUGUAGAGCAAUGUGUAUCGCUAAAGAGCAUUAGCAAGAUCCAAAUGCAGAGGUAAAUCAGCACACUUAACCCACUCAUGGGGUACUUGAUUCAGGAAGAUUAAGCUAUUUGUUUCCAACUGUCUUAUAUUUGAAAUUGCCUUCACUGAUGUAUAAGCUGUUACUGUACAUACAAGGUGAUCCUCAGUAUUCACAAGCAAUAACAGUCAGCAGAGCUGUCCUCGGACAGCAGUGCUGAACCUCAGUUGGAGACUGUUUGGGAGCAAAGUGUCAAGCUCAUUGAGAGCCUCCAAAAUAAAUGUAAGCAAUAAUUUCUAUUUAAGUUAAAUUAUAAUUCUUCUCAUGCUUCUGAGAACAGAGUGGGAAAUCAUGAUUUUAAAACAAUCUGGAGAAAAGAUUUGGGGGGAAAGAAGCCAAGUUUUAAUCCAUAGUAAGAAAGUCCUUAUACUUUGAAGAAAUCAGGAAGAUUUAAUUAGCACAUUCUUUCAUGCCCACCACCCCUUUGAUGGAUGUUAUUAGCCCAAAUUAUAUUGUUUUGUGUCAUAGAUGCUGAAUAAGGCUUAUUUGGGUCCCAACACUGGGGGAAGAACCGGGCAUAUACCCGUUUGAAAACUGUGGGUUUGACACCUGCUUGGAAACAGCUUAUUGGAACUGAUCUUAACCCAGGAUAUUUUUUCCCAAAGCAGAUCUAAAUUGUUUACUAUGCAGAGAUGGAAAGGGCAGGCACUCCUAUUCUCUCUCCUCCAGAUGCCCUCUCCCACAACCCUUUCCACCUCUACUUGGCUCAAGACUUUCUGAAAUGAAAAUUCUACUGUUAUUGCAACUGCCAUUGGUUAUAAGAACUCUGUCCUUUGGGAUUGUCUCUAGAACUUAUCUGUCCUACUUGCUGCUACAUUUGGAAAUGAAUUUGCCUGUGUUGGUUGACUUUAACUUCUCUGUUUGUAGGAGAUUUUGUCAUGUGCUUUGCUCCCAGUGUAGAACUAGGGUACUUUAUUUUAGGAGUGGACUACAAAAGCACACUGGUCCUUGUAUUAUUAUUAUCUAGGUUUUGAAUUUGUUUCCUUUGUUGGAUUUUGUUUUGUUUAAUUUUUCAAAUUGAAAAUAGAAGAAUGACAAAAGUCUAUACUGCAGGCCAAACUUGAGAACUGUCCUGUGCUUCAGCACGAGUACUUCUGCUGACCUGAUGUUCUCUGAAGGGGCACUUUGACUUUUAGUUGUACAUGUGUGACUUUUUGUUUUUGCUUUGGGGGUGCUUUUGGUUUUGUAAAAACAAAGCAGAAAAAAAGUACAGUAGUAGAUAGAUGAUCACAAACAUGUUAUGCAAUUUUAUUUUAUAAAGUUUUAAGGGAAAAGUUUAACUCCUUGUAAAUAAUUUCUUAUCUCUGGUAAAAAUGCUUAUAUACUCUAAACCAUGCUCAGUUCAGGCCUUUGUCUUUGUUAAGUGCCUUUUAUUUCUUUGUUUUUCUCCCCUCUUUUGAAACUUUUCAGACACCCUCAAAUACAUACUGAUAAAGUCAAGGGAUUCAGGAGAAAGAAUUCCAGACUUGCCAAGAUUAUAUCAUGUUAAGAUAAUACUCUUCCUUCUGCUUUGUAUGUGUGGACACAAGUUCGAGAUGCACAGUGUGUGUCUAAAACCAGGAACAGCUGUUCGUGGCAAUCUUUCUAAGCACUGCCCUUUCGACAUUGCAGAACUUCUGCCCUGUUUGUUCCAUUGGUUUGAGUUGAUUCAGAUGGGCAGAUUGGGAAGUAGUCUUUGCACAUGAUGCUGGCUUCCCCUUCUGAAUAUCUGUAGAAGUUAAUAAAUGUGUGUGUGUGUAUGAUAAUAUAUAUAUAGCAUAUAUGUGUUGGUUAUUGCAAGCAUAAUAAACUCGGUGGACUCGUUGACUUUUUCUGGAUGUAAUCCACUUCUCUCUACCCUUCAAAUUUGGCAGACGUAGUGUGUAAGAGCAUCUUGUGGGCCAAUCAGAGAUGGUGCCCUAUGCAGACAAACACAUGGGUGGCUAGAGCUAGAACCAUGCAGUGGUAUCUGAAUACACUUUGAAGGAAGUUAGCACUCAUGUCAAUAUUAAAAGGUGUUUUCUUCUGGAAAAUGCUCUUUAAGAAAUUAUGUAGCUGAAUACCUUUUAAAACUUCAGUAAGAUUAGAAUUUAGAUAGUGAAAAAACUAAUCUCUUUAUUUUCCAGAUGAUUAGAUCUUGAUCUGAUUUCGUGAUUAUUUAAAUAUCUUUCUUGAGCAAAAUAACAUAACUUCCAGAAUCUAAGAUUUAUUUAUUUAUUUUAGAUGUGACAUGUUGGAAAAGACUAAAUUGAACCAAUUCUCUAUAAACAGUACAAAUAUAUCUACAAAGUACCCCAUGUAAGUAAAAUUUUAAUUGGAAAAGGAGACUUGUGGCUAAAAAAAAGAAGCUCCUGUUAGCAGAGCUGUUGUCUGGCAGCUAGGAUCAGUAGUGAGUGUUAACUCCUAAACAACUAGGGGGAUGUCAUUUAACCUUUGUGCCUCAGAUUACCCAUGAGACAAUUGGGUAUAAUAAUAAUUGCCUACCUCCCAGGGAUAUCAGAGACUUUACUAUUUCAAAAAUAUUUUGAGUUUUUCUAGAACAUCCUAUAUAAUUAAUAGUAUUAUCUUGCUGCAGAGGUUGAAAAGCAAAUGUUUUCCUUAAAAUGGAUAUAAAGAGCACCCUAUGGUCUUUAUGUUUAAAAAAAUCAUUGGAAUUUUAAUUUAGAUGCAUAUUUCAUAUUUAAACAUACCAUAUUUAUAGUGUGGUAGAAUUCCUAGUUUCAGGUUAAAUCAAAGGGGAUGACACCAAGUUUCUUAACUACCAAUUGAUUGUUUUAAGCUUUUAUGAUAUUAUUACCUUGUGUGAUAUUUAAGAUAGUCUGGUUUACAGAUAAAUGAUCCUGGCAGGUUAUAGCUCCCUCCUCCACCUUCUGAAUUUACUUGUAGUACCUGCUUGGUGGUGGAAACUAACUAAGGUUUUGCGUUUCUAACAGUAAAUCAGACCCUACACACUGCUCCUGUUUCUGUAGGUUUAUCCAGCUUUGCCGUGGGGGAGGGAGCUAUGUGUACUUUUAACUUUGCAGUUCAUGCUUCUUCAGCCCAUAAGCAAGUCGGAGCCAUCAGCUGCUCAGAUUGUAGGAAAAUGGGAGAAAGAAGACAGGAUUUAUUUCCUACCAGGAACAGAGGUAGGGAUGGUCAGAGUAGAAGGAAACAUGAUUUCCCUCCCUCCCGGGAGGAGAUUAAGAUCAUUUUAUCUCACCUUCUAUUAGUGCAUACUAAGUAAUAAUACAUAAAACGUUUCUCUUUAAAACAAAGGAAUAAAUGGAUGCUGCAGUUUUUGCUGGGGCUAAAUAGUGUGUGAGAGAGAGUGAGUGUGAGGGAGUUUAAAUUACAGCAGAGAGACCCAGGUGUUGUGUUGAGGAACAGUUACAGCUCAAGCGAGUUAGGAGAAAGCACUGGGCCUACCUAAGCAGCCAGCACAUCUGGGCUGACCCCAGAACUGGCUUGGACCUGGUCAGUCUCUAAGUCCUAGGUGUUUGUUAUUGUUUUUCUAAAGUCCCUUUUGGCAUUUUUAUUGAUUUUUUUCUCCUCCAGAUAAGGCCUUAGUUCAUAACCUUUAAGUAUCAACUAUGCAGAUAAACAUACUCUUUAUUUUCUGCAUUUCCUUCUUGUUCCUUCAAUGAAAAAUGUUAAGAUUUCAACCCAAAGUAAUAAGGUUUAGGGGGUUUGUCAAAUGUGUGUAUGUUUCCUCUGGGGAAGAAUAACAGCAGUCUAAAAUAGAUGCAUUGUCUGUGUUCAUCUGUCCUAAAAUGUGAACUUUACAUAAAAAGCUAGCUGAAGACCCUUUUACCUGUGCAGACCUGGAGUUAGUGUCGUGGAGCAUGUUUGUGCUUUUAUGAAGUCACCCAGUGUGUUGCUGAGAAGUUUAGUGUUUGGUUGACAGAGCUGAAAAUGAUGUUGAUUGAAAAGAGCUUCAGAUAUUAAUGUUGAGUUCUGUGUUUCUUUUGGUCUUUAUUCUUGCCUUUGGUGUUGAGCUCUUAAGUUAGCCACUUGUUCCACUAUAGUAUAAGUUGCUUGUGGUUAGAUCUAGGGGGAAAGGCAGAUUGUUUCCACAUCCUCUUGCCCGCCACUUUUCUGUCUUGCUCUUCAUGCUCCAACACAAAGAUAGUAUAAGUGGAUAGUUUGCAUCUUAGCAGAGGGCACAAGCAUAGGUUAUCUUGAGUUUAGUGGAAAUGCCUUCAACAACCUGAUGCUAAAUGACACUUUUCUCAUGCACACUCUUAAGUACCAUUUGCUUUAAGGUGUUUAUUUGUGAUCUCCUUGUGUUGUGAUGAUUCUGCUUCUCUGUGUUUCCUAUGUAUUUCCAUUUCAUAGCAGUUGGUAUGCAGACUUUGUGUACUUUACCACUGCUAUCCAAACUGGUCAGGAACACAUUUUGAAGUCUCAGUAGUACAAUUAAGGUUCUGUAUAUAGUCCAGAACUUGGAGAUUACUGAUGGUUGGAAUAUUUUCCUCUUCUCAUUUAUAUUAAAAAAAAAUAGAUCUCCUAGGCUGAGGGUGUAGCUCAGUGGUAGAGCUCUUGUCCAGCAUUUGCAAAGCCUGGAGGUCCAGGUCCAUAAUAACAAUAAAUAGGUCUCAUUUUUACAUAAUACCAGUACCUUUCAAGUUUCAUCAGAGGAAAUACAGUCUUCAUCAGGGCUCAUAACAGCCUGCCUUAUUUCCAUGCCUCCCCUAGAACAGAGCUCCUUUGCUAAGGUCUAUCUGAGCCAAGCCGACCUUUAAAUCCUUAGUCCCAGUUUUAAGUUCCUUGGAAAACUAUCAUUUGCCCCCGCGUUGCUACAGUUACAUAAUUCUGGUUUACCGUGAGUCUGACUGGUGAGUGCUUGGUGGUAGAGCGCUGACUGAUGUCAGAUAAAAUGGCUUCCCUGAGGGAGUGUGAAAGUCAGUGGCUCCUUCUGUCUUCAAAGUACAUUUAGGAAUCAACAACUAAGAGAAGCCAUUGUCUGCCUGUGUGACAACUUGUAUUUUCUGUACUUAGAGCCAUAGACUUUCCUCCUUUCUUGCUUACCUCUACUGUUUGCAGAAACAUUAUGCCCUGUCAGAAAAUUGUUUUUUCUCCCACACUGGCAAAAUUACCAAGGAUUUGCCCAGUUUUAGCUAGAAACAUAAAAAGGGAAAUAAAUUUUUGUCAGUUGACAAAAGUAUUUCUUUUAAAUAGAAAGUAGAGCUAACUUUGGAACAGCUUUCUUGAUGUUUCAGCUCUGCCUUCAUAAUAGAUUAUAUAUACCUUUUUGACAUGUGAUCAGCAAGGGCCUUCUCCCACACAGCCUCCUCUAAUUCAUAGUUAGCACCAGAGAAGAGAGCCAAGCUUUGCAGUGACCUGUUAUCAACUGAAAUUGAAGAACUCUCUUAUUCUAGAAAAUAUUGGAGUACUAAACCAUUCUUGGAGGAGAGCCUCCCCAAGCUUUCUCUUGUUAAACAGUAUCAAACUUUAAGGAAAGGAAAAGAAAUCUCUAUCUGGUGAAAAUUUUGUGCUCCAAAUAAUGAAAUAAAGUAUAACCAAGGUGGCUAAGAGUCGGGUGUUUUCUCUCUUUGCUUGUGAGCAAGGUUUAUUUAUGAAUGCAAGAACUACCAUGGGAUUGCAGACCUAUUUGCUAUAACUGGAAAACAAGAGUCUGAAUUUUAGUCUGCUGAAACACACAUUUCCAACCCUCGUUAAAAUUUAGAAAGGGGAGACUUUUCUUUAGUAGCAGAAGGAAAAACAGUUAUUUAUUCCUGAAUGUCCACUCUGCAGAGCUGCUCCCACCAGGGAAACAGUCCCUCCCCUUUCGGCAGCUCCACCCUGCACAGAUGCUAUCUUGUUUGCAAGCUGUCUCCCACAAAGGAGCCUGAGGAGUCCAUGGUCCUUUAGGGGAGAUGCCCCAAUUACUGUGUUGCAUCUACUCUUAGGAAGGUGGUUUUUUGCUAACUUGAAGGAUUAUAUGCUGUAUUUCAAAUAAGUGUGUGACUUAAUACUUUGAGACUUUUUUUUCCUCUAAAAACUGGACCUGAACACAAGCUUUGAGUUGGUAUUUGUAAUAAUCUCAGGACCUGAAAGAUUGUAGCAUUUAGUGUGUCUUAAAAAUUAUGUACUGUACCAGCCAUGGAGUUUUGUAAAUAUACCUGUCUCCCUUUUUUUGUAUUAUUUUAGUAAAUAAAUAAAUAAAUUUAAUAAAAGGGGAUGGUGAUGACAUGUAUGUGUGUCUGUAUGUGUGAGUGUGCGUGCAUAAGGCUCUUUUAAGAUAAAUUGGUGCUUGUUGAAUUUCUAGUUAAGCUCAGCAGGAAUAUGGACAAACUGCUGCUGCUGACCCUGCACUGAGCAAGGAGGAUGUCCUUCAUCCUGCCUUUCCAGUGGUCUGUCUGCGCAGUACUAGUAAAUGGGAAGUAAUUAGAAUCUAAGCUCUUCUCCACAGCCGUCUUGGUGUUGCGAUCUUGAUCUAGUUCCGGCACCCUUUAAACUUGGGUACGAAAGUUUCCACCCUUCCCUGAUUCCUGGUUUUAGAACUCAACUUUUCUAAGAAAAAAAAAAGGGCAGGUUUAAAAAAAAAACAACAGCAACAAAAGAAUCACACAUUUCAUAAGACCCCUGAUGAAUUUGGGACAUGCGAGAACAUUCCUAAAUGUGAACUUGCCGGCUUGGCCCAUGAUACACUCCUUCAGUGCAGGGACUCUUGUAUAUCUUACUUUGCAGCAGCCCUGUUCAUAUUCCAAGUGUAACUAGCAAACCCAUUUUGAAAUAAGAGCCUUAUUUGAUUCAGAAUAGAUGUUUCCUGUCUAUCCUUUGUGACAGGACCUUUUACAUGAGUGGGGUUUUUUCCUUUUGUAUAUGUUAUAUGUUUAUUGUAUUAAAUAAAGAGGACUGUAAAUAUUA